GCCUACCUCCCGUUCUGCACUUACCACCUGCGUUCUUUCCGGGCUCGACAGCAGGCGGACCCACAGCGACCCCCUGACACUAACAUGGGGAGAUGCACACAGAAGCCACAGGCUGGUACAGCCAGGGAUUUCCGAGAUAUAUGGGCUCUGCUGCAACGCACCGCAAGCCACAUGCUCGGAGCAGCA